AUGGGAAUUGAGUCCACCUCCCACCAUGGGGAGUCCAUCACCCCUGCUCAGGGCGUGCUGCAGCCCAGCACAGACUCCUCCUACCAGAACAGCCCCGUCCAGAAGCCCAUCCAGCCCGCCGGCGUCGACACCCCUAUCCCGCGCAUCACCAUGCGUUCCCUCAUCAUGGCCCUAUUCGUUUCCAUGGGUGGUCUGUUGUUCGGUUAUGAUACGGGUCAGAUCUCCGGUUUCCAGGAGAUGUCGAACUAUCUGGAACGCUAUGGCCAGCUGAACAACAAGGGCGAAUAUGCCUUCAGCAACACUCGUUCCGGACUUAUCGUCGGUCUGCUCUCCAUUGGUACCCUGGUCGGUGCCCUCGCUGGCGCCCCCGUCGCCGAUUAUCUCGGCCGCAAGUGGUCCAUCACCGUCUGGUGUAUGGUCUUGAACAUUGGUCUGAUUGUGCAGAUUUCCUCUCCGGAUGGUCACUGGUGGCAGAUGGUUGUCGGUCGUUGGGUCACUGGUCUUGGUGUCGGUGGCUGCUCGCUGCUGGUGCCCAUGUACCAGGGUGAGAGCGCGCCUCGUCAUAUCCGUGGUGCCAUGAUCAGUUGCUACCAGCUGUUCGUCACCCUUGGUAUCUUCCUCGCCUACUGCAUCAACCUGGGUACCCACACCCUCGACGGCACCGCCCAAUGGCGCAUCACCCUGGGUCUGACCUUCCUGUUCGCUCUGGUCCUCGGUGGUGGUAUGGUCUUCUUCCCCGAGAGCCCGCGUUUCGAGUUCCGUCACGGCAAGGCCGAGAGUGCCCAGCGCACCCUGGCCAAAUUGUAUGGUAUCCCCGAGAACCACAACCGCAUCAUCGAGGAGAUGGAUGAGAUCCGCGAGCAGUUCGAGGCCGAGUCCCAGAGUCAGAAGUGGAGUGAAUUCAUCACCGCCCCCCGAAUGUUCUACCGCCUUGUCCUCGGUAUGGUUCUGCAGUCGCUCCAGCAGCUCACUGGCGCCAACUACUUCUUCUACUACGGUACCACCAUCUUCCAGGGUGCCGGUAUCUCCGACAGCUUCAUCACCCAGGUCAUUCUGGGUGCUGUCAACUUUGGCACUACCUUCGGUGGUCUCUACAUCGUCGAGAACUUCGGUCGCCGCAAGUCCCUGAUCUUCGGUGCCUGCUGGAUGUUCGUCAUGUUCAUGAUCUUCUCGUCGCUGGGUCACUUCAUGCUCGACAUCAACACCCCCGAGAACACCCCCAAUGUCGGCAAGGGCAUGAUCGUCGUCGCCUGUCUGUUCAUUGCCGCCUACGCCAUGACCUGGGGCCCCAUGAUCUGGGCCAUCGCCGCCGAGCUGUUCCCCUCCAAGUACCGUGCCAAGGGCAUGGCUCUGGCCACCGCCUCCAACUGGCUCUGGAACUUCCUGAUCAGUUUCUUCACCACCUUCAUCACCAACUCGAUCGACUUUGCCUACGGUUAUGUCUUUGCGGGCUGCCUGUUCCUGGCCGUGCUGGUCGUCUACUUCUUCGUCAUCGAGGGUAAGGGCCGCACCUUGGAGGAGCUCGACUGGAUGUACGUCAACAAGGUCGCUCCCUGGAAGAGCAGCUCCUAUGAGCUCCCCGCUCGCCAGGAAUGGACUGGGGAUGAGAAUCUGUAUAACCGCAAGGAGCAGGGUGGUCACCAGCAUGCCGAGGUCGCAUAA